CUAUAGAUGCAGAGGGCGUUUCAAUCGAUCGUCUUCCUUCAUUUGGGAUCGCGGUUGAUCCGAAUUAGCGAAGAAAGAGACCUUUAAUUAAAUGGCAUAUAAGCCAUAAUACGUCAACGAAGUAACUAAUGCAAAAAGAAUUUAGGAAGAUGUCGAAAAUCAAGCAAGAGAAAAUAGCUCCAGAAUUAGAUUCUGCACGAUCAAAACUUGAUGGAGUACUGCAACAUUUAAUGGAAAGAACAGAUGAAAGCCAAAGUUCAUCUGAUGAAAGCACAAAAACAUCACCUGAAAUAGUUGUCAAAGAACCAUCUCCUGUGACAUCACCAACAAAGAAACAAACUCAUAGAACUCAACGCAAGAGACGAAGAAAAGAUGAUGUUACAACAAAAAACACAAAUUCAUAUAUUUUGAAAUUAUACGACAGAAGUGUUGAUUUAGCUCCUUUUUCUGAAAAUACUCCACUCUAUCCUGUAUGUAGAGCCUGGAUUCAUAAUCAGCCAAAUAGUAAUAGUAUUCAUGGUCACAAUCAGUCAUCAUCAUCAUCAGUUUCACAAGAAUUACAUGAAGACAUAAAAGAUGAAUGCAAAACAAAAUUAAUCAGUCAAUUGCCUGCACCAUUAAAACAUGUUAAAACUGAAAAUGGAGAAAUAAAAGAUCUUAGAAUACCAUCACCCAUUCCCAGAGAACAGGAAGAAUUUGUCAUCUGUUCGGAUGAUCAAGGUGCUCCUUCUAAAGAAUUUUUAAUGAGCAAACAUAUGGAACGUUGGAGAGCCGUAAGACAAAAAUGGAAACAAGCUGCAAUUGCUAAUGAAGAUAGAUAUAGAGAGAGUGGAAUGAUUUUAAAGGCUAUAUUUGAGAGAGAAGGACCAGUGCCAGAUCAGUGGGAUGGUUUAACUGCUACCUGAUACAUUUGAAUAUUAUCUGUAGUUUAAUUAUAAUUUUUAGUUUUACUUGGAAGAAAUUGACGUACGUGGUAAUGUUGACUAUUGGUAGUAGAAGGAUUAAAUUCUUUAUUCUCGUGAUGUGAUUUCCAAUUUUAUAAAUGCGUUUUUUAUUGUAUAUCAUAAAAAUUAAUUUAUGUUACUAAAUAUAAAAUUUGCUUUUAUGAAGAAAAUAUAUAUGUAUAAAAAAAUAUAUACGAACUAAAAAAAGUACAUGAAGUUAUGCUGAAACUGUUUCUGGCUCCAAGAGAAAAGUGUAGUGUGAAAAUCACUGGAAUGUUUUUAACUGUUGGUUUGUAUCUCAGAAUAAUUGAAAAUUAUUCAAGCUGAAUGUAUGUAAAAAAUGAAUCCUAGGUGUACCGAUGUUCUUAUUUAACAUAUAAAUGAACAUGUUUUAAGCCUCCUAAGGCAUUUCAAUGUCAGUUUUUGUGUAAAAAAAAGUUUAUAUAAUUGAUAGAAAUAUAAUGUAUACUAUUCCGUGUGUUAUAUUUCAGUAAAAUUAUAAAUUCCAAUUUUAUAUUUAUUACUGUAAAAGUAAAUUUGAUUGCAAUAUUUACAAAUAAAAAUGUCGAAAAAGUUUCAAUGGAUUUUUGUACGAUACAUGUCAGAAUAAUAAUUUCUGUAUUUUCAUUUAUUAAAGUUAAUCUUCCAAAAUUUAUCAUGGAUACUAUUUUGGUACGAAUAAUUUCGAAUGAUA